GAAGACUGAGUUUGAUUCUGGUUGAUUACCUGGGGAAAAUAUCUCCUCAGCAAAACAAGCAACAACCUGUAUCUUGAGGCUCCUGUGGUUACCUUGGUGAUUGGUUACAUCCUCCACUAAUGGGGAGGUUGUACCAGUUUAUAAGUCAGAAGAACAGGUUGCUACACUUGUUGGUCUCUAGGACGACUCCGGUGGCAUGGUCAUCAUUUUCAUGAAAGUGAGCAAAGAGAAGCCAGUCACAGGAAAGCACUGACUGAACUCACUUUCUGGAGACCUGAGGAGGGCAUAAAGUCCAGAUGACCAUUGUUGAAGUUGUAAGAUAGGUGAAGUUUAGACAUCCUUAAAAGCCAGCAGUCUUUCCAAUGACCUUGUGGAUUUAAUGAAGUCUCAAACUGAAGCUCCAUCUGUGUGGGUCAGAGCCAUGGCGGAAAUACCUGCCACCGCGGAACCGAUUGGUAUGGGUCUUCGGAUCCAGGUGUCAGCGGUUCAAACGGUGUUCUACAUCUUACUGGUUUUGAUCGGGAUCUUGGGAAAUGCUACGAUCAUUUUUGUGAUUGGUGAGGGGGUUGUUAAAGACCAAGGUGGAGGUCGCGGCUCGGACAUGAUCCUGGUGAACAUGGCCUUCUCCAACCUCAUGGUGUCCAUCACGAGGAAUGCCCUACUGGUCAUAUCAGACCUGGGAGUUGAGCUGUACUCAUCCAUGGAAUGGUGCCGGUUUCUCAUGGGCUUAUGGGUGUGGCUGCGUUCCGUGAAUGUGUGGUCCACCUUCUUCCUCAGCGCCUUCCACUUCCAGACUCUUCGACGGAUCACUCCUAUCGCUGGAAACAAAGGCCCGUCUAAAAUUCUUUUUGUCAUCUUUGGCCUCAUCUGGAUCAUCAACCUGCUGUACUCCAUCCCUGCGUACAUGUUUUCAACCAAUGGGGACAAGAAUGCGACAGAGACCUUGAUGUUGGUGAGCAGCACCACACGCCCCCUACUGGGCUGCGUGUGGAACUUCCCCAGCUCCUACAGCGGCCUGGCCUACGCCACCACCUCCAUGGUGAUCCACGAGAGCCUGCCCAUUGUGCUGAUGAGCUUCACCAACCUGGGCUCCCUGUUUACGCUCUAUGCCCACAGGCGCUCUGUCAUGCUCAUGCAGAAGAACCCCGAGGCCCCCGUCAUCAAGAGGGUGCCAGCCGAGAGACGCGCUGCCAAGGUGAUCCUGGCCCUAAUCAUGCUGUUCAUCACCUCCUGGGGUACCAGUAUCAUCUCGGUCAACUACUUCAACUACAAUCGUGGCUCAUCUACAGAGUUUCUGUUAGUCAUCGCUCGCUUUGCCAACAUCACCUUCAUUGCACUGUCACCCAUUGUCCUGGCAUUUGGACACCGACGUCUACGGGCUGUUAUAAAGGCUUUGGUCUCUCACUGA